UUUAUGAAAGAAUUUCAUUUGCUUCUCUUCUAUGGAAGUUCCAUUUUUCCAGAAUGUAUCCUGAUUUUCAGCCUAUUCCUUCUUCUAGUGAUCGACUUCAUUUCUAAUCAGAAAAAGACAACUUGGUUUUAUUUCAUCUCUUUAACUAGUUUAGUGCUAAGCACAACCUUUUUGCUAUUUCAAUGGAGAGAAGAACCUACAAUCAGUUUUUUUGGUAAUUUCCAAACAAACAAUUUUAAUAAAAUAUUUCGGUUUCUAAUUUUAUUAUGUUCCACUUUAUGUAUUCCUCUAUCCAUGGAAUACAUUCAAUGUACAGAAAUGGCUAUAACAGAGUUUUUGCUUUUCAUAUUAACAGCUACUCUAGGAGGAAUGUUUUUAUGUGGUGCUAAUGAUUUAACAACUAUCUUCGUAUCUUUAGAAUGUUUAAGUCUAUGUUCUUAUCUAUUAUCUGGAUAUACCAAAAGAGAUGUACGGUCUAAUGAGGCUAUUAUGAAAUAUUUACUUAUGGGUGGAACAAGUUCUUCCAUUCUUGCUUAUGGUCUUUCUUGGCUAUAUGGUCUAUCUGGAGGAGAGAUUGAACUUCAAGAAAUAGCCAAUGGUCUUAUAAAUACACAAAUGUAUAACUCUCCAGGAAUUUGGAUUGCACUUCUAUCUAUAACGGUAGGAAUUGUAUUCAAGCUUAUAUGA